ACCAUUGAUGCGAUCAAGACUCCAGAGUCCAGAUGCCACAUGCUCCACAACUGUGGUGAGAUUGCGAAUCGAACCGGGAACCGAUCGGAAAAUGGCCACGUCCUCGUCCACCGUCACGGAGGCCCUCAGGGCGGUGCUCCACCGGGUCGGCCAGGCCGCGGAGAAGUGCGGCCGCGGGUCGGACCGCGUCCGGGUGGUGGCCGUGAGCAAGACGAAGCCCGUCGCCCUCAUCCGCCAGCUCUACGACGCCGGCCACCGCUGCUUCGGCGAGAAUUACGUCCAGGAGAUCGUCGACAAGGCUCCUCAGCUUCCGGAGGAUAUCCAGUGGCAUUUCAUUGGGAAUUUGCAGAGUAAUAAAGUGAAGCCUCUUCUCACUGGUGUUCCCAAUCUUGCGGUUUUAGAGAGUGUAGAUGAUGAGAAGAUUGCCAAUCGCCUCGAUAGUUUUGUGGCAAGUGCUGGAAGAACUCCUUUGAAAGUCUUUAUCCAAGUGAAUACCAGUGGUGAAGAAUCAAAAUCUGGUGUCGAACCCUCAGGUUGUGUGGAGCUUGCAAAACAUGUGAACCAGAACUGCUCGAACCUGGAGUUUUGUGGUCUAAUGACAAUAGGGAACCUGGAUUACACAUCAACGCCUGAGAACUUGAAGACAUUAGCGAACUGCAGAAGUGAGGUCUGCAUGGCACUUGAAAUACCAGAAGAAAAAUGUGAGCUGUCCAUGGGAAUGUCCGGUGAUUUUGAACAAGCUAUCGAAAUGGGAAGUACAAAUGUAAGGAUUGGAUCCAUCAUAUUUGGUCCAAGGGAAUAUCCUGAGAAAUUAACGAAUUAGUGUCCUCCCAGCAUCCUGAAGAUUUUGAUCACUUGUACGUGUUUAAAAGCCUCGAAAAGUGUAACUUCUUCAGCAUGGAUGAUCAGAAUUACAGACCUAAUGGUGAGAAAGGAGUUCUUUUGGAUCAAUUCAUUGUUCCCUUCCAUUGGGAAUGGAAGAAGUUCUUGAAGCAUCCUCAUAAACUUUGGCUUCUCUGGCAUUAAUCUCUGAAACCAGGAAAGUGUUAAGUUCAUUUUGCCGCAUUAGAUGUCUCUGUGUCUAUAGUUCUCUUCAGCGUGGGAAUUUGAAGAACCCUGAUCAUAAAGGAAGUAACCCGUCUUAUUUUUGUGCGAUAGACGAAUAUCUGCUAACUCGGUCAGAUUUUGAUCAAUCAUUGUACCUGCCAGACCAUAAGAUGGAGAAACAUGCCAUGCCAGACCUCUUAGAUGAACUUGUCCCUGUGCCCAAGGGAGUGCAACGGGGCGGUUUUCUUAAGAACUUCGUUCUCAUGCUCUGCAUCGGUUCAUUUUGCUUGCCGAAACAUUUCAUUCA